AGAAAACUACGCAGUGAAACUACUGUAGUGAAAGUGUCGUCAUCUGACGACUUAUGGGACGAUGAGAAAAACGAAUAUAUAGAUCGAGUAUUGAACGAGGGACAGACCUCGUGUCCAUUCUAUUUGAAGCGCUUCGAUCACGUGUAGCUUCUGAAUAGACACGUCGUAGCAAUUCACCAGCGAAAAACGUACAAGUGCAACAAGUACCGUGCAUUUUACUACAGCGAGCAGAAUUUGAAAAAGUAUCUUAAGAGCCACAGCGACGAUUACUUUUUCGAGUGCGACAUGCGUCACGUUGAAUACAAGGGGAAGGCCACGCUGCAUACACGUUCGAUACACGUCAGCAGGAAGCAUAUAACAGCGAAGUUUACAUACGCCGCUACUGCGUGACGAAUCUGUAUAGAGCCAUGAAUGGAAACACAGGAAACGAGCCGAGAAAAACAACCAAUUGUCGUGCCCUUUAUGUGUGAAAAAGUUCCAGAAUCAAACUCGUCUCGACGAUCAUCUAUUGCUACACAAGAAGGACUAUAGGAGCAGCGAGUGCGACGUGAUCGUGAAUUCGUCCAAGCAGCGGAAUAUCAUAAAAAGGAAAGCCUAUCAUCAGGCAGAAAGGAAGGCGUGAGGGAGGUCUUCGUUUAGUAAUAUUGGGCUCGUGGAAAUCUGUUCUUGGAAAUAGCUCCACAAAUAGAAGAAUCACAAGAGUUAAUUCCGCUCGAAUUCAGUGUCAAGAUAUGAUUAAAACGGUUACUAUAAAUUCGCCGUUAAAAUCGCAAAAUUCGUUGGAAAAGUUGGCAGAAUACAAACAGUUUGAUUCACCGGUUAUUGUAGAAGCGAGUGCGACGUCGCAGCAACAGUCGGAUUCGCCGAGUCCUCAGAAAGAGCAUACCGAAGUGGAUGAAGUCUUGGAUAAGAUACGAAAUACGUGUCCAUUUUGCGACAAACAUUUCAACACUGCAAAGAAGGUCGAGAAUCAUGUGAAAUAUGUGCAUCGUAAGCCUUAUAAGUGCGACAAGUGCAAAAAGUCGUGUUACACACAGAGAGCACUGAAUGAACACAAGAGAAUACACCGGCCGGAUUAUUUUUUUGAAUGCGACAUCUGCCAUAUGAGAUAUAAGAGCGUGUACGGCUUGCAGAGACACAACAUUCGCACUCACAGCGACCACGAUUCGCGAUACAUCUGCGAGCACUGCGGCCGCAGUUACAAGCUGCAGAUCGACCUGACGCACCAUGUGAAAAGAACGCAUCCGUCGCAGUUGCAAAUCUGCCGCUUCUGCGGCAAGGCGGUCAAGGACGUGAGGAGCCACGAGUGGCAGCAUCAGAGGCGCAAUCACGAGUUCAAUUACAAGUACCCGUGCCAUUUAUGCCGCAAGAAGUUCCUCCACAGGAGCAGGCUGGACAGCCAUCUCAAGUUACAUGAGAAGGGUUUCAAGUGCGACGAAUGCGGCAAGGAGUGUGUUGGCACGCGUGAGCUCCUCAGUCACAAGCGCUUCAAGCACCGGCACGGGAACAUUUCCACCUGCAUCCUUUGCCAAAAAACGUUCACGUCCGUCAGCAAUUUCUAUCAACACGUGCUCACGCACGCCGGCAUACGGCCGUACAAGUGUGACAUCUGCGAGGAGGACUUCACGCAACGUUCCAGCCUGCUACGACACAGGAGGCAUCAUCCGGGACCGCUACCGCCGAUGCAGUCGACGCAUCCGCAGAUAGCCGGCCUAGCUAAGAGUUACCUGCAGAAGGUGCAAAGUGAAAACAUCGACAAGAGUUUAGUGGUAGACGCGCGAUCGUCAGCGUAAAUCUGUGAAAUUCAUUGUAUACAUACGUAGGCUCAUGUUGGAUAAUGUCUUGUCGAAGUGGUGUCUUGUACAAGUGAUACAUUGUUUGUUGUUGUGAAACAGUGUUUUCCGGUGGAACUAUUACUGACUUUCCUUUCAAGUGCAAAGUACUUGGUAUACAGUAUGCUAAUAGCAAGUAUGGAACAUAUUCCUAAACAUUUUUUAUAUAGAAAAUUUAUACUACUCUAUGUUAAUUGUUCCUUUUUCAGACGACGGAUUCAUAUUCUUCGUGAUCUCGAGAGUCCUAAUUAAAUCAUCUUGUAGAUAAACUUGUAAUAACUUCAUUAAGACUGUAGAUCAGCAUUCGAAAUUAUUCGAGGUGAUUUUCCCACCUAUCCGUUGUGUGUGCAAUUGGCGGUCAGUCUCAGAAUCGUCAAUUUAACAAGACUUGCGGGAUUCACCUUAAUUUGUGAAACUAGUCCUCUAUACGUAUUAUUUCUAUAUAAUUUAUGUAUCUCUAUUCGCACCAUCAACAUAUUAUAUUACAUUUACAACAAGAAUAUUAGUUUCAACAAGAACUUUUCAGAGAUUAGGUAGAGUCCUACAGUUCUUAUAAAGUUGACGUUCCUGAGGCUGUUCGCAAGUCGCAGCUCAACAAAAAAGCAGGAGAGACAAGGGAAAGAAAAUAAGCGUAGACUUCGGAAAUUGCUUCCUCAAUGAAAGUAACUUUGAGCAUUGUUGUAGAGGAAGAAAUUAUUGUCAUGUAUUUGAUUAAUACAAAUCUCUUUAUUAGUGAAGAA